AUGGCACCUGACGGCGACAUCCUGGAGGCUCUGAGGCCAAAAUCUGUCCAGGAGCUCCACGCUGCAGUUGCAGCAGGUAAGCCAAGAGCAGUUCCGCCCAUCGUCAACCAGCUGCAGGAUUUUGUGCUACAACAACAACUCUGCGAGGAGCGCUGUAAGUCACGUCUGCGCGACAGGGCCGCAUAUGAGGCUAAGCUCCUGCCUUAUGCAGAUCAUGCAGACCUUCCAGGAGGAACAGGACUCCAGCGAACAACGACGCCUGGCCAAAACCUGAAGGACGAUGCUCGAGGGCAUGUCAUCAAGGCAGUCCAUGGCCGGUUUGCAGCCUUAGACGGGCAGUGCGACGUCCUGUGUGGAAGGAGGCUUGCUCACUUGGUCGGUGGUUCCUAA